AUGGCAAUGUUUUGGGUUCAAGUUCACGACAUCCUUAUUCAUUUUAUGUGUACUGAAGUGGUUGAAAUGAUUUGUGAGAAUAUUAGGGAGGUUGUUCAAUCAAUUGGAGCUAAAACUGAGGAAGGGAGUAGCUUCAUAAGGGUAAGAGUUAAGAUUAAUAUCUCUCUACCUUUGUGUAGGGGAAAUGUGAUUACUCUUGAGAGCGGGGAGAAAUCUUGGGUGUCGUUUAAGUAUGAGCGUCUGCCAAAUUUCUGCAUUUGGUGUGGUAAGCUGGUUCAUGGUGAUAGGGACUGCCCAUUGUGGAUUAAGAGCAAAGGCACACUUAUAAAGGUAGAACAAAGGGAAUUCAACGUAUUGUUAAAAGCACCACCAUAUAGACCAUCAAAUCAAGAGGUGAUUUUUGUUCCAGGUUUCUAUGAUAAGUCCGGGCCAAAAGAUAAGGACAUGCCAAGAACAGGGAGGUGGCAUAGUGAUACGGUGGUCGGAGAUAUUGGUAGGGUAGCAACCGUGGAAGACGACUCAAUAAUGGAAUCCGAGGAGUUUGGGGACGGGUUUAAUGAUGGUAUCAAUGUGGGGGAGGUUACAAAUUCAAAAACGGGUGAGGAAAUCAAUUUGGCAGCAGGUAUUGUGGAGGAAGUUAUUCAGAGUAAUCAAGACUCUCUCCCCAUUCCAAAAAUAAAUGAUUUGAAGCAUGAUUCAAGGGAAUUAACAUCAGCCAACAGUGCACUAACAGACUCAAUUUCACGUGAAAGAGGGUUGGAGAAAUUUAAGGAAAUACCACGUGCUUGUCCUAAUGAACUCUGCAAACGGUGUGUUGAAGAACUUGAUUCUGAAUUAAAAAAGUUUGAUAAGCAUGUGGUUGGAGGUGCACGGGUUGUCUCAAAAAAUUCUACGAUUCCACACCCGAAGGAGUUGAUAGAGUUUGAGUAA